CCCGCCGCCGCCUCGUAUGUCCCUGACGGCGCUCCGUAGCGGGGCGGAUGUUGUGAAGAGCCGCUGCCGGGGCUGGGCACGCCUGGCGUGGGGUGGCGUUUUGAGGUUAGUAGACAUUCACACUGACCUGAAUAAUGACAUCAAGAGGGGCUGGCACAUCUUUUUCUCGGAAAAACUACAGAUUAAGCACAGAGCCUGAAAAGGCCAAGAUUGCAGGAAUAGUGAACAGCAAACUUCUGAAUGAUUAUCUGCAUCGUAUUUUCCCCAGUUCUGAUGGGAUUCAGCCAGCUGCUGGACACAGAAGGUACCUUUCAUUCCAAAAUUUACAGGAACACAUAGAACGACUGCUAGCAGGGAAUGCUGGCUCCGAAGAUGGUCAAGAUCAGAUGGUAGAAGGCAGACUUGGUCCUUCUGUUGUGGUACUGGAUCAUACAAGUGGUUUUGAGGGACUCCUGCUGGUGGAUGAUGAUCUUCUUGGGGUGAUUGGACAUAGUAACUUUGGUUCCAUCAGAGCCACAACCUGCGUAUAUAAAGGAAAAUGGAUCUAUGAGGUGCUGAUUUCAUCCCAAGGCCUCAUGCAGAUUGGCUGGUGUACUCUCAAUUGUCGAUUCAAUCAAGAGGAAGGAGUUGGAGAUACUCCAGAUUCAUAUGCCUAUGAUGGGAAUCGAGUGCGCAAAUGGAAUGUAACUACAACCAACUAUGGUAAAUCUUGGGCAGCCGGAGAUAUUGUCAGCUGUUUGAUAGACCUGGAUGAGGGAAACAUUUCUUUUUGCCUGAAUGGCGUAUCUCUGGGGAUUGCUUUUGAGAACAUUUCCCGUGGCUCUGGCAUGGCCUAUUUCCCUGCCAUCAGCUUGUCAUUCAAGGAAUCCGUUGCUUUUAACUUUGGCAGCCGCCCACUUCGAUAUCCAGUUGAGGGAUAUCAGCCCUUACAGGACAGACCCAUUGCAGAUCUGGUAAAAGCUCAGAAGCUGUUGGAAUAUCUGAAAAAUGUUAUUCAUACUGAAAUAGAUGUUUCGGAAGGGAAGCUUAUGGAGAGGGACUCUGCCAUGUGGCAACUUCAGGGGGAACCCACAGUACUGAUCACCUUGGCACACAUUUUUAACAACUUUUCCCCCCUCAUGUGCAAAGUGUACUUAGUAGAAGAUGUGCUUAUGAACUUCCUACUUGGCAUCCUAGAAGGGGGAGGGUCUGUGGAAGCGCACCCUCUCAUUCAGCAGUUAUUGGAUCUCAUGUGGCUUCUCAUGGAGGAGUAUGAAGUACACGAAUGCCUCAAACAGCUGCUGAUGUCCCUGCUCAGGGCGUACCGUUUCUCUCCCAUCGCUCCUGACUUAAGCUUACAGAUUCACUACCUCCGUCUCACUAUUGCUGUCCUGAAGCAUGAGAAAUCCAGGAAAUACCUGCUUCAAAAUGUCCUAUUUGAUGUGCUACGCUCAGUUGUGUUUUUCUACAUCAAGAGUCCCUUGCGGGUGGAAGAAGCUGGCCUGCAAGAGCUCAUUCCCACCACUUGGUGGCCAAACCGUUUCAACAAGGAGGGCAAAGAGAGUAAAGAGAUUAAGGAUGAAACUGCUGAGGAGAGACUGAGACGACGAGCGUAUGAGAGAGGUUGCCAGAGGCUUAAGAAACGGAUUGAAGUGGUGGAGGAACUCCAAGUGCAGAUCCUAAAGUUGCUGUUAAACAAUAAAGAUCGAGGUGGGGGAGGAGCUUCCAGAUAUAUCUUUCUUAACAAAUUCCACAAAUUUCUGCAGGAAAAUGCUAGUAACCGAGGGAAUCUGACUGUCUUGUGCCCCCCAGAGUACAUGGUGUGCUUCUUACAUCGACUUAUUGCAGCCUUGAGACAUUACUGGGAUGAGCACAAGAUGAAGAGCCUUUCAGCACUUAGCAGUGAAGAUGCUUAUGUCCCCCCUCAGCUCUUCUAUAAUGGGAAAGUGGAUUACUUUGAUCUUCAAAGACUUGGAGGACUCCUGUCUCAUCUCAAAAAGACUCUCAAAGAUGACUUGGCCUCAAAGGCAAAUAUUGUGAUUGACCCUGCAGAGCUUCAGGCUGUGACCAUGGAUGACCUCGAUGAAGAUGAAGAAUCAUCAGUGUCAACAUCACAACGUCCAGCUGCUGCUUUGGCAAUUGGAGGUGCCCUUGCCAGGCCAAGCUGGCUCAGUUCACCCACUCUGGGGCGAGCUAACCGUUUUCUCAGCACUGCAGCUGUCAGCCUUAUGAAUCCCAGGCGGUCACCAGGCACCAUGGAGAAGGUUAAAGUCCGUACCUUGAACAUGGAACAGCGGACAGAAGAGGACAUUGAAGGCAGCCAUGGAAAUGACGGCCUCUUGCUGGGGAAACCUGCAGAAGAGCCAGAACAACCAAUAACAGAGAACUCUCUGCUGGAAAUCUUGGAUGGAAUAGUCAUGAUGUACAACCUCAGCGUGCAUCAGCAGCUUGGUAAGAUGGUAGGUGUUUCCGAUGAUGUGAAUGAGUAUGCUUUGGCACUGAAAGACACUGAAGAAAAGAUGAGCCGAUGCCCGAAGAGGAGAAGAGAUAUCUAUGAUGAGCUAGUGAAGAGUCAGAAGGUUUUUUCUGAGAAGCUUAAUCACCUGAGUCGGCGUCUUGCUUGGAUCAAUGUUACUAUUUAUUCAAAGGAGAAGAUGCAAGAUAUAUACUGGUUGCUGCGGGUGUGCGUCCGCACUAUUGAACAUGGAGACAGGAUUGGCUCGCUCUUUGCAUUUAUGCCAGAAUUUUAUCUGAGUGUGGUUAUGAAUAGCUACAGUGCUCUCAAGAACUACUUCAGUCCUGUCAAUAGCAUGGAGGACCUUCCAGGAUAUGAAGAGACUUUGAUGCGCCUUGCUGCCAUUUUAGCAAAGCACUUUGCUGAUCCACGGAUUGUGGGCACUGAUAUCAGGGACUCCCUGAUGCAAGCGCUGGCCAGCUAUGUUUGCUACCCCCACUCUCUCCGUGCUGUUGAGAGGAUCCCAGAAGAGCAGCGAAUAUCCAUGAUGAAGAACUUGCUGGCCCCCUAUGAGCAAAGGCCCUGGGCCCAGACCAACUGGAUCCUUGUGCGACUGUGGCGGGGCUGUGGAUUUGGAUAUAGGUACACACGACUUCCUCAUCUGCUGAAAACCAAGCCCGAGGAUGUGAAUCUCCCCAGUUUGCAGAGAGAUCUCUCUGUUGCUAGUUUCCAGAAGCCUUGCCCUUCCACCUUGCUGCAGCGACACAUGGCAGACCUCCUGUGCAGUGACCGUGAAAUGGCACCUAGCUUCCUCAACAGUGUCCUUAACCAACUGAACUGGGCCUUUUCGGAGUUCAUUGGCAUGAUUCAGGAGAUCCAGCAGGCUGCAGAGCGCUUGGAAAGAAAUUUUGUGGACAGCCGUCAGCUGAAGGUGUGUGCAACAUGUUUUGACCUGUCGGUGAGCCUUCUCAGGGUACUGGAAAUGACUGUCACUCUGGCUCCUGAAAUCUUCCUGGACUGGAGUCGCCCCUCAUCGGAGCUGUUACUCAGGAGACUUGCACAGCUGUUAAAUCAGGUGCUGAAUCGUGUGACGGCUGAGCGCAACCUGUUUGACAGAGUGGUCAAUCUCCGCCUGCCAGGACUGGAGAGUGUUGAUCACUACCCAAUCCUUGUGGCUGUGACAGGAAUUCUGGUCCGACUCCUGGUUGAUACUGAUUUUCAAGGGGCUGAGCGGGCGACAGCUGUGCUGUUGGCAGAUCCCUGUUUCCAGCUCUGUUCUAUUCAGUACUUGCUGGGUCACACGGAGCCUUUAGUACUGGGAACGGCAUCUUCUUCUGCUGACAAGAAACACUUCUCUCUGCAAAGCUACACUGACUACAUUAGCCAGGAAGAGCUAGCCAAGGUGGAACAAAUGCUGGGUCAUCUGAGUGAAGAGUCCAAGCAGGCUGCAGCUUCUACCUUGCCCACCAGUGAGGAGGACCUAUGCCCUAUCUGCUAUGCUCAUCCAAUUUCUGCUGUGUUCAAGCCAUGCUCCCACAAGUCCUGCAAAGCCUGUAUCAACCAGCACCUGAUGAACAACAAGGACUGUUUCUUCUGCAAAGCCACCAUUACGGGUGUGGAUGAUUACAUUAAGCCACCCACCUCCUAGUGCCUGGACCCUGCAGGGCAGGGCGACGUGCCUGGGCAGCUUCUUCACACCAUGGACUCCCCCUCCCCCCGCUCCAAGAGGACUUCUGUUCAAAGGCAGCUACAGUUCAGCAUAGCUGAGCUCAGCUUUAUUUAUAACACCUCUUGCAGACCAGGCAAGGCUGUAUGCACCACCUAGACCACAUCAGACCCCAGUUCCCCCUGAAUUUAGGUACACUUCCUGUUGCUGUCAUUGCCUCCAAACCAACAGGUGUUAGGCUUUCCCCAUGGGGGUAUAUACAAGGGGGCUGAACAUGCUCAGGUUUUCUACCUCAGCCUGAAUCUGUAGCUCCUUUCCUGCAGCUGGCCCUGGAACCCUGUCACAAGCUGUUGCUGGGACACAUCCUCUUAUGUGUGGUGCUCUCCCACAGCGAGCCUUCUCCCGGGAGGCCUGCUGCCCACUAGCCAAGGGUGUUCUUGCUGCUGCUACUGCAGUGCUUUGCUGUUUGACAAUGUAUGUGUGGGUCAGAUAUUUCGGUGGGCAUACAGUUCAAUAACCUAUGUGCCUACCACCCGCUGUGUUAGCUUUUAAUACUGAGGGAAACUGUGACCUGUGAUUCACCAAGUGAGGCAGCUGAGCAGAGGCCUAGAGUGUGUGUCUGACUGCACCAGCUGUUUGCAUUUGGCCAUGCUGAAGGCAGCUGCGUAACCAUGAUAGAAAAGACACUAGGCCAGGUUUCUGGGUGGAAAGCCUAGAGAGGCACCUAGCGGCACACUUUCCUAUAAUUAACCUAGGUACAGAGGUGAAGCACACAGCCACCAAAGAGGAACAAGAGUAUGAACAAAUUGCUGAGGGUCUCUAAGGAAGCAAGUCAAAUGCUGAUGGGGUCAGGGUUUGGAUAGCAUGGGUGAGAGGCACUCAUUAGAUUGAUUUUAUAGGCUGCUUCGGAGGUGAAUGUGAUUGCACUGCUAUCUUCCACCAGCAGAGGGUGCCCAUGGCACCGGCCCUUCACUGUGUGACCAGUACUAUACAGGAACAGGCAAGGAUAUUUUUUUCUAAUUUACUGUGUGUGAUUUGUAACCAGAAGCAUUGGGGAGGGCAGCACACAAUGCGCUUGGAGCAAGGAAUUUAACUUAUGUGCAUCUACAGUUGUUUCUUCUUCCUUCCCACCCACCCAAGGGAGUGUUACUUCUGUACAACGGAUUAUUAUUAAAUUAUUAUUCCUUACAGA